GUUGAUCAUUUUAGUCGACACGCUAUUGUCAGUCUGUUAUCUACUGGAUGUGAUCAUCUGAUCGGAGAUUUUUUUUAGCUUAUCUUUAGCCGCUUUGACGGCUUACAUCACUGUUGAAAGCUGGAAGCAGGCGGCGGUUCGCAGAUAUGCACCCAGCAGGAUGGAGUUUAUGUUGCUCGUAUGAGAAGUGAUGAGAUGAUGAUGAUGGCCCAGGGGGAGAAAGAUCCAAAACACACCAACCAAGUCGUGCUGGUCAAGAGGAUAAUAAUGAAGCACGACAAUCCGGUCCAGCAGGGAAUCGGAAAGCCCAGCGUGUAUCAUGCUGUUGUGGUCAUUUUUCUGGAAUUCUUUGCCUGGGGUCUUCUCACGACACCAAUGCUGACUGUUUUACAUGAAACAUUCCCCAAACACACUUUCUUAAUAAACGGUCUCAUUCAGGGCGUGAAGGGUCUGUUGUCGUUUAUGAGCGCACCAUUGAUCGGCGCCCUAUCAGACGUAUGGGGCAGACGAUCGUUUCUAUUGGUUACUGUAUUCUUCACCUGUGCCCCUAUACCUCUUAUGAGACUCAGUCCAUGGUGGUAUUUUGCUAUGAUAUCCAUGUCCGGUGCGUUUUCCGUCACCUUCUCUGUAAUAUUUGCUUACAUCGCAGACAUUACAGAUGAGCGCGAGAGGAGUACGGCGUACGGACUCGUUUCAGCGACGUUCGCAGCGAGUCUGGUGACGAGUCCGGCCAUCGGUGCGUAUCUCUCGGCCAGUUACGGUGAUAAUCUGGUGGUGCUGUUGGCGACUCUCGUCGCUCUGGCCGACAUCUGUUUCAUUAUGUUGGCCGUCCCAGAGUCACUGCCUGAUAAGAUGAGACUCAAUACAUGGGGAGCGCCGAUCUCAUGGGAGCAGGCCGACCCUUUUGCUUCUUUAAGAAAAGUUGGACAGGACACAACAGUUCUUCUCAUUUGUGUAACAGUGGUUUUAUCGUAUCUGCCCGAGGCGGGGCAGUACUCCAGCUUUUUCCUCUAUUUACGUCAGGUCAUUAAAUUCUCGCCCAAAACGAUUGCCGUGUUCAUUGGAGUGGUGGGAAUUCUCUCCAUCUUGGCGCAGACGCUGUUUCUCACUUUAUUAAUGAGAACCAUUGGAAACAAGAACACGGUUCUCUUGGGUCUGGGUUUCCAGAUUCUUCAGCUGGCCUGGUACGGUUUGGGCUCUGAGCCGUGGAUGAUGUGGGCAGCAGGUGCCGUAGCCGCUAUGUCCAGUAUUACGUUUCCUGCCGUUAGCGCUUUAGUGUCCCACAAUGCAGAUCCAGAUAAACAAGGACUGGUUCAGGGAAUGAUCACUGGGAUUCGGGGUCUCUGUAAUGGUCUGGGUCCUGCGCUCUAUGGUUUCGUUUUCUUCCUCUUUAAUGUGGAGUUGGAUGCCCUUCCAUCAAUAGAAGAGCAGUACACCGUUCCUCUCCAGACGUCCACUGAGAAAAUGACAAUCCCCGGUCCACCGUUUAUCAUCGGCGCCUGCUCAGUGGUGGUGGCGUUUCUUGUCGCUCUGUUCAUACCAGAUCACCGCACACCACCGGCGACGUCCUGCCAAACCAGUAAGACCAGCACGAGCCUGGCCGGAGCCCACACCAACACCCCGCUGCCCGGGAGCGACAAAGACAUCGAACCUUUGCUGGAGGACAGCGGCGUGUGACUUCAGCGAAUGAGAAACGAUAAGCCGGUCAACACAUCACAUACGACUCAUGUGUUCAGUGCUUAAUGUAUUUAUUCUUCAGAUUCGGUCGUUUUUAAGAUGAUGGUCAUUUUAAAUUUUGAACUCAUUUGACUGCACCACACUGAAAUGAAUGAACACACUAAGGGCUUUAUAAGAGGAAUCUGAUUGGAUGUAAUGAAAGUUGAGUUUGAGAAACUCAGAUGUCUGUGGUUGGAUUGAAUCUUUUGAAGUUUCUUUAAAGCUGUGCUCUUCAUGAAUGUGGAUCUUUGGGCAAAGUGCAGUAGACGGUCGUGAUGCUUGUGAGGUUUAAAGAGUAUUGUUAAUGUGUAAACUAAUAGAGCUGAAUUCUUACAAUAAUAUAUUUCACCCCAAAAUAAAAAGAAAUGAAGCCAACUUCUGAAAUUGUUUUACUGUAUUACUUUAAUGUAAUACAGUUUUUUUUUACAAGACAAAAUUUUAUUAAAUCAUUGAUCAAAACUUGAAGCUACAUUUAAUUUCAAAUGCAAAAAUCAUUUUUUGUGCAAAAUCUUUCUUUUGAUUAUGGGGUGAGAUGUGGCAGAUUUUGAAAGUGAAUGUGUCCGUAUUUGUUUCUUAACAUAAGCCUUAAAGUCACAUAUCAUGUGAGAAGAGUUUAUAAGAUAAGAAAUGAAUCUGGUGUUUGAUGUCAGACAGACUGAAGCAUCACAGGUUUGAUGUUGUUAUUUCUCUGAAUUCAUAUGUUUAAGUCUUUAUAUCAUGUGUGUGCGUGUGUAAUGCAGUAGUGUCAGUAUAAACUGAGAGUUAAUGACAUUUUUGUCUCACAUUUUAAAUUCAACAUGUAGGGGCGGUUCCCCUGACAGGGAUUAGACUAGUCCUAGACUAAAAUUUGAAAAAUGUAAAACAGCUUGCACUGACAUAUCUUAAAAUACAUCAGUGCCCUUUGUUUUUUGUUGUGACACAACACAAGUAAUGUUUUUAGUAAGGCAUGUUUGUUCAAACUAGUUAUAUUUCCUGAUUAAACUAAAGCCUAGUCGCGUUUUAAAAUAAUCCCUGUCUGGGAAAUCAUCCCGUAAAGUUUACUACACAUUCCUUGUUUUCUUAGAGAUUCAUUUAUGAAUCCAGAAAUAUUUUUGUCUUUUUUUAUCUUUAUGAAAAUGUUAAGAUUUGCUCUGCUUUCAAAACAACUUUUACUUAGGUUUCAUUCUGUGCAAGCUGAAAUAUCGAGAUCAAUAGAUUAAAUCCGUUUUUUAUACCUAUUUUAAUCAGAAACUAAAUGUUGCAAAUGCAGUUUCAUGUUGACUCUUUGAACAUUGGUAUUCAAUAGCGUUUUAAAUAAGUAAAUACAUUAUAUAUGCUUAAAAUAUUAUACUUGUACAUUUUUCUGUAAAUGUAAUUGUCUUCAUUUCUACACUCGAGAAGACUUGACUCAACAGUACCGUAGUUCAUUACAUUAUAAAACUAAUAGACAUUUGUGACCUCGGACCACAAAACCGCAUGGGUAUAUUUGUAUCAAUAGCCAACAAUACUUUGCAUGAGUCAAAAUUAUCAAAAAUAAUUAGGAUAUUAAGUAAAAAUCAUGUUCCAAGAAGAUAUUUUGAACAUUUCCUACCAUAAAUAUAUCAAAAAUGUAUCUAUAAUUAGUAAUAUGUGUUACUAAGGACUUCAAUUGAACAAUUUUAAAGAUGAUUUUCUCAAUAAUUUGAUUUGUUGCACCCUCAGAUAGUUAUCUCUGCCAAACAUUGUCCUAUUCUAACAAAACAUACAUCAAUGAAAGAGCUUAUUUAUUAUAUGAUAUAAAAAGAAUUCACAUAUGAUUGGUUUUGUGGUCCAGGGUCACAUUUAUAAAAUAAUUAAAAAGUAGCCAACAUACAUACCAGCUACCUCAUGUUUGGACGUUUUGAGGAAUGAGGUGAAAUUUUGACUUUAAACUAUUUUUUAAACUACUUUAAUUAUUUUGUUAAUGUUUAUAACCACAUUCCUUUGGUCCAGUAUGAAAUUAUUUGAGAUCUUUCCAAGAUAUGACAGUGUGAACUCUAUUGACUGAUCCUUGUAUUGAUUGUGUCUAGGGCUGCAAAAUGAUUAAUCGCGACUAAUUGCGACUAAUCGUUUGCAGAAUAAAAGUUUUUUUGUUUACAUCAUAUAUAUGUGUGUGUGUAUUGUGUAUAAAAAUGAUAUAUGUAUAAAUGCACACACAUGCAAGUAUAUAUUUAGAACAUUUUUAUAUUUAUAUAUAAUUUAUAUUAUAUAUAAUUAUAAAUGCGUAAAAUACAAAUAGAUUUUUUUUCUUAAAUACAUACAUGAAUGUGUGUAUGAUUCAUAUAUAAGUAAUUAUUAUACACACAUAUAUAUAUAUGAGUUAAAUAAAAAACUUUUAUUCUGCAAAUGAUUAGUCGCAAUUAGUCACGAUUAAUCGUUUUGCAGCCCUAAUUGUGUCCCUCAUUAUUGGGGCUCAUAUAAGCUGAGGUGUUGAUGUUUGUAGGUAUUUAUGGCUUUUUCACACUGCUCAUCUGAUUUAAGUACGCUUUUACAUUUGCCAAAUGAAGUUGUGUGUGAAAGAAUUGUGUUUGAGAAAAGUUUCAGCCUGACCUGAGCUCAGUGAUUCCUGUUUGUCAAACACAUCCAUCAUUCCCUAACAGCACAACGGCAGCUUCAACAUCCCUUUCACUUCUUCUGUGACCCCUGAAACAGCCAGAAAAUAUCAUUAGCAUCUGAAUUUCCAUACCUUCCUAUUAUUUAUUCUCAACCUUUGACUUUUAUUUGUGUUUUGCAUUAUCCGAAUUUUCAAUCACAUUAUUAUGCAGCAAAGCAAUGGUGUGUGUGUGUGUGUGUGUGUGUGUGUGUGUGUGUGUGUGUGUGUGUGUGUGUGUGUGUGUGUGUGUGUGUGUGUGUGUGUGUGUGUGUGUGUGUGUGUGUGUGUGUGUGAUGGGCAAACGCUUGGUAGCGGCCCAUGCUUUGGGUUUUGUAUAUAGGACAAUGUGCACAGCUUGUAAUGUAAUAUAACAGGUCAUAUGAAUACUUUUAGGAUUGUACAGUAUUGUAUAUGUAUUGAAUAAUAGUAUUAAGGAAUAAACUUGUGUUACCUGUCGGACCUGAAAUAUUUUGGAUCAGUAUGACAUGCGUCAGUCCAAAUGUCUCUUGAGCAGAUGAUACUAGUGCCGUCUGCGAAGCAUGUACUCUAAAGUCAUUUUAGUUUUUUUUUUAAGAUUAUUUUGAACAUGUAUAUACUGAAUACAUGAAGCAGCUAUUACAGUUGAUAAAAGUGAUGUACAGGGACCUUGAUGUAUUUUUUGUCUGUAUUGUGGGAAUCUAUUAAAUAGUUGCACAUGUUCAAUAAAUAACACUAUGAUUAUGUGUGACGUCA